CUCACUACCUUUUGGGUUGUAAUUUUCCCCCAAUUUAUGAACCCUAAUUUCCAAAAAAGUUAAUUUUUUCCAUUUAUCGAUUUCAAUCGCCGAUUUCCUUUAGGUGUAUUUUCUCUCUGUUUCACAUAUUUCUGACCUUGACGCCGCCGAUCUGAGAGUUUGGUGAGUCAUAGCUCGGGUAAUCCACGACGGCGUCGUUGGAAGAUCGCGGAUAUUGAGAAAUUGUGUAGAGGCAUGCGCAGAUGUCCCUGACCUGGCCUGGAUAAGGAAUAAUCGAGGCGAGGAAGAAAUUGUACGGAUUUCCAGAGGAAUAGUGUAUCUACAGCUGGAGGUAGGAUAACGGAUUUUGGUGGUGCAUAAUGAUGGUUGUAAGAGUGGAAAUGUAGGUGUGCUGUGUCUGCGGGGAUAAUUUUGUGUAGACCGAGAAUAGUAGUUGAGCUGAGAUAGUCUGGUAACUAAAGCGAGAUAGAAAAUGGACGAGUUCGAUAGUGGCGGCCGCGGCAGCAGAGGCAGCGACAGAGGGGGGGAAGCUGAGGAUGAGGGGAGCACUCCUCUCCCGGAAAAGGUCCAGGUUGGUGGUUCUCCUGCAUAUCGGGUUGGGAGAAAACUAGGGAAAGGGGGAUUUGGACAAGUGUAUGUUGGUCGCCGAAUCAACCCUCCAAUCCCACAUGAAAGAAUAGGCUCUGGAGCUUUAGAGGUUGCUUUGAAAUUCGAGCAUCGGAGUAGCAAAGGCUGUAAUUAUGGACCACCCUAUGAGUGGCAAGUCUACAAUGCCCUUGGUGGAAGUCAUGGCAUACCACGUGUACACUACAAGGGACGUCAAAGUGACUACUAUAUUAUGGUUAUGGAUAUACUUGGCCCCAGUCUGUGGGAUGUCUGGAAUAACAAUUCCCACACCAGAAUGUCCAUAGAAAUGGUGGCAUGCAUUGCAAUUGAAGCUAUCUCCAUUUUAGAGAAGUUGCACUCUAGAGGAUAUGUGCACGGAGAUGUAAAGCCAGAGAACUUUUUGCUUGGUCCACCUGGAACUGUGGAUGAGAAAAAACUUUUCUUGGUGGAUCUUGGCCUGGCGACCCGUUGGCGUGAUAAUUCUACUGGUCUUCAUGUUGAUUACGAUCAACGCCCAGAUGUGUUUAGAGGAACUGUCCGUUAUGCUAGUGCACAUGCCCAUCUUGGAAGAACUGGUAGCCGCAGGGAUGAUCUAGAGUCCCUUGCAUACACACUCGUUUUUCUUCUCCGAGGUCGGCUUCCUUGGCAAGGAUACCAGGGUGAAAAUAAAGGCUUUCUUGUUUGCAAAAAGAAGAUGUCGACCUCUCCAGAAUCUCUUUGUGGCUUCUGUCCUGCUCCAUUUAGGCAGUUUGUGGAGCAUGUUGUUAACUUAAAGUUUGAUGAGGAGCCUAGUUAUGCUAAAUAUAUAGCCCUCUUUGAUGGGAUAGUUGGUCCAAAUCCUGAUAUCAGGCCAAUAAAAACUGAAGGUGCUCAGAAGCUUGUAUAUCAAGUGGGACAAAAAAGGGGACGGCUUAUGAUGGAUGAUGAUGAUGAAGAACAGCCAAGGAAAAAGGUUCGCAUGGGUUUGCCUGCAACACAAUGGAUUAGCGUGUAUAAUGCUCGACGGCCAAUGAAGCAAAGAUAUCACUACAAUGUUGCGGAUGUGAGACUUUCUCAGCAUAUUGAUAAAGGAAAUGAGGAUAGGCUAUUUAUCAGCGCUGUGGCAUCGUGUUCAAACCUCUGGGCCUUAAUAAUGGAUGCAGGGACUGGCUUUACUAAUCAAGUUUAUGAGCUGUCACCUUUAUUCCUUCACAAGGAAUGGAUUAUGGAACAAUGGGAUAACAACUAUUAUAUCAGUGCACUUGCUGGGGCUAAUAAUGGGAGCUCAUUGGUAGUUAUGUCUAAGGGUACCCAGUAUCUGCAGCAAUCAUAUAAAGUUAGCGAGUCUUUUCCAUUUAAGUGGAUCAACAAGAAAUGGAGAGAGGGUUUCUAUGUUACUGCAAUGGCUACUGCAGGAAGUAAAUGGGCAAUUGUCAUGUCUCGUGGGGCUGGGUUUUCGGAUCAAGUGGUGGAAUUAGACUUUCUUUAUCCAAGUGAAGGUAUUCAUAAGAGGUGGGAUGCUGGUUAUCGUAUCACAUCAACUGCAGCAACAUGGGAUCAAACUGCUCUUGUUCUUAGUGUUCCAAGAAGGAAACCUGUGGAUGAAACACAGGAGACUCUUCGAACUUCUGCUUUUCCAAGCACACAUGUCAAGGAGAAAUGGGCCAAAAAUCUAUAUAUUGCAUCUGUCUGCUAUGGGAGAACUGUAUCCUGAGGCAUCAGAAUAAUGCUGAGAAAUAUUUAGAGGACUUAAAGAGGAUUGCCAGUUACUCAUUUUGUUACGAGCAAAUUUUGUUGUCUCAUUGGAGAACCAGGAUCCCUUUUUCUUCUGCUGCUCGGAUCUGGUUGCAGCUACUGGCAGUUUGAUAAAGAAGAUUUAUGAGGUGCAACUAGCAGGCUCCUGGUCAAAACUCCUGCUGAUCUGGCAGUUUGGUAAUACGUUAUCGUUCACACUGGUAAAAUUGUUUUAUCUAUGUUCAUGUGAUAAGUGUGGAUUCCGUUUUGGCAAAAGGAAAGGAUGUUAUGUUUAGACCCUAUUUCUCGACGAUGCUGUCUGUUGUGGCCUAGUCUCUGUUGUUUUUACAGUUGAUGCCUAGCAAUUACUCGUGAAUAUUCAAGGGUUGGAAUAUUUGUUCGAUUCUUUUAUUCAUGUAUAUAUUGAUCAUUUGCAUUUGGCUAGUGUCUUGUUUGGGUUAAUAGUGUCUGCAAUCUUAUGCUAAUAUUUUCACAUGGCUAAGGGCAGAGUAGCCAUGGAAUAGUUUGUGAUCACGGUGCAAGCUUUACUGACUUCCCCUCGCCACUUGCAGUCCUUGUAUAAGGGCUCGCACUUGUCCCCAAUCGUUUGAGCAAUUCAUUUUUUCGUAACAAGACAGCCAACUGCUGCUGAAAGCUUCUGCGGCGUUUUCAUGUGAAACCUAUUUAAGGUACUCUAAUUUUGUGAAUAAUUUUGCUGUUCUAUUCAUUUUGUGAAUAUUUUUGCUUUCUCUGGAAUAAGACUUGGUAUUCAUAGUUUUAGUCUUCA